UCGACAGACAAAUAAGUAAUCCUCUGAUUCCGACUGUGACAGCUGUAGUUUCUGUCACUGCUUUUCUAGCCGCCCAUUAUUGGCACAUUACGAAUAUUUUCUAUUUUGUGCCUUUCCUAAUUUACAUAAUAAUAACGCCAGACUGUAUAACAAACUGACGUUAGCUGCUAGCUCCGGCUAACUAGUUAACCGGUAACAGCACAACAACCAGCUGACGGAGCCUGUUAGCCAGCUAGCCCCGCUGUCUCUCAGUCCAGCUGCCCUUUGUCUGUACAGGCAACUUAGUUAGCUGGCAUCGUUUCUCCUUUGGGUUAGCUGACACCGGCUCUGGCAAUUUUACUUUUUCUCGCCUGACAAGAGUCAAGCAAACCAAGAUAGGCGGCUUGGGAACCAAGAUGUCGAACCGAGUGGUGUGCAGAGAAGCAAGUCACGCCGGGAGCUGGUACUCUGCUUCGGGAUCCCAGCUGAAUGCACAACUAGAAGGCUGGCUGUCCAAAGCAGAGUCCACGAUCAGACCUGCUAGAGCCAUCAUAGCGCCGCAUGCUGGGUAUACUUACUGUGGCGCUUGUGCAGCACAUGCCUACAAGCAGGUUGAUCCCUCUGUUACUCGUAGGGUGUUCAUCCUGGGACCUUCACACCAUGUGCCCCUCUCCCGCUGUGCCCUGUCGCCUGCAGAGAUCUAUAGAACACCUCUCUAUGACCUGAGAAUCGACCAGAAGGUUUAUGCUGACCUCUGGAAAACUGGGUUGUUUGAGCGGAUGAGUCUGCAGACAGAUGAAGACGAGCACAGUAUUGAAAUGCACUUGCCUUAUACUGCUAAAGCCAUGGAGAGCCACAAAGACGAGUUUAGCAUCGUCCCUGUGCUUGUGGGCGCCCUGAGUGAGUCCAAGGAACAGGAAUAUGGGAAGCUGCUCAGCAAGUACCUGGCAGACCCCUCCAACCUUUUCAUUAUCUCAUCCGACUUCUGCCACUGGGGUCAGCGGUUCCGCUACACAUACUAUGAUGAAUCUCAAGGGGAGAUCUGCAGGUCUAUCGAGCAUCUUGAUAAAAUGGGGAUGGGCAUUAUAGAACAGCUGGAUCCCAUGUCUUUCACCAACUACCUGAAGAAGUACCGCAACACCAUCUGUGGGCGUCACCCCAUUGGAGUGCUUCUAAAUGCUGUGGCUGAGCUGAGGAAGUCUGGUUUAGAAAUGAACUUCACUUUCCUGAACUACGCCCAGUCGAGCGAGUGCAGGAACUGGCAAGACAGCUCCGUGAGUUACGCUGCCGGGGCUCUCAUCGCUCAUUGAGGUCGACUUUUCGCAGGGGCCACUGCAGCGCUGCCGCCCUGCCCUUACUAUCUAUCGCCAUAACCCGACCCAGACACCCUCCCUCUCACCCCACCCACCCCCAGUUACACCCACUAUUUGCAGGAAGGACCUAGACACUCAAAGCCAAUACAGUCUUCUUUCUCUGUCUUUCCCUCAGCUCUCCUCCACCUUUUCUCCACCCUCCUCUCAGUUUGAAGUGUGUCUCAGAGCUUUUGGUUGAAAUAUUUAGCUUGAAGUGCAGUUUUGAGAUUAUGUAGGAGCAAACGGUCAGAGGAGAAAGGAAGAGUGCGUAUUAAUUUGGCUCAGAGUUAGCGUCUGGAGGGGGAAAUUCUUAUUUGGGUUCAGUCCCAUUUUGUUUUCCUGAUGAAAACGAUGGAUUUGAGUUGUAAUGAUGCAAUCUUUCCAUUUGGGCUCUUGGCGAUCUGUGCUCAUGUAAUUUCAGAAAAGGAAUGAAAAUAAAACUGCAGAUCUUAAUGGAGCAUAUUGAAAUUUUGCCAGAUGAGAAUGAAACGGGUGUUUUGACUGACUGCUUCAAGCUACACAUGACUGAACUUCAAAACAGUGUCAUAGGUAAUUAAUACCAUCGCUCAACAUAUGUUGUAGUUGCUAACAAAGGGCUGCACCCAACAACGUUCACUCACCCCCUACUGUACAAAACCAAAAACAUUAUUACUCUCAGUUUAUGAAAUAUUAUCUUUUAUUCAUAUUUUAUUCCUUUACAUUUCUCCCUUUUUUAAGUAGUUUUAUUAGACGUGAUAGUAUUUACUCAAGUAGUGUGUAGAUUUGAACAAAAGCAGUGUUGUCGGUGAACCUCUAAAGCCAUCGACAUGGUUUGCUCAAUAAGUUAGUGUUUGCAACACUGCACCCAGAUUCCAAUUAUAUGCCUGUAGCAUUAUAGAUGUGUUUUGUGAGGGCCAGACUCCAGUUGUGGGUGCUACAGAAAUGUAAUCAAGGCUGGAUAUUGUGUAAAUUUCUCCAACACUGACACCUCUGGUCUUUGUUUACAUUUGCCACCUUAAAUCUCUGUAGUUAAUGAAUUGAUAGUAAAUUUCCUCCUUUUUUUUUUUUACAAGACUUGUAGAAAAUGUUCUGUUCAGUAAGAGCAUCAAAGCUUUUGUGUUGGCCUGAUCAAAGGCUGAGAUGAUCUGCCUAAAUAGUUUAAAUUGUUGUAGAUCGGUUCACUGGGUAGUAAUUUUCAAUUCUUUGUGUUAAUACGUGUUUGAUUUAAGAAUGCCAAAAGUUAUUGGGAAGAUAAAAGUCAUCCUUUUUGUAAAGGUUUUCUAGUUUUGCUGCUUCUGACUGUAUGAGAAUUUGCUUCAAAAUUACUCUUGAAGCAACAGAACUAUCAGUUAGAUAGGCUAGCUAAAACACGUAACACACGGCCCGAGUUUUAAGAUCAGCACAAAGUCAUAAUGCUUUGCUUAUACUGUUUGAGAAAAGUGACAGAUUUUGCUCCCUGCUAAAUUUUGGAUUAUAUUGAAAAAAUGUAAUAUUUUCUUUAUGGAAAGACAAGCAUAAGGACCACAGGUCUUAAAGGGAUGGUUCUGAUUUUUAUUUUUAAUCAGGUCGUGUGGGGUAUUAUCUAUAGACAGUAUCAUAUAUAUAGUAGAUAUCAGUUGGCUGCCCAAGUUUCGAGAAACAGGCUGAAGUCUAACAUGGAAGCUCAUUGUCUAAUGCUGUGGAUGGGGUCAGCAGCCAAACAUAUUUUAGCCACCUAAAACAAGUCACCAGAAAAAAUCAAUACCAGUUUUAGUGUAUGCUGUAUUGAGAGUAUUUUCACCACGUUAUGUGAAGCCUCAUUCCCACUGCAAAAAAAAAAAAACAGGUAACACCCACUAACACCCACUUUUUAAUGUUAUAGGAAUGCUUACAAUCAGCAUUUACACAAAUGACUCUGCAGUAGUCACAAUUAUUUAUCACUUCAGGGCUCAGACUGGCAUUGAUGGGAACACAACACCCAGGUGAACACGCUAAUUUCAGCUCCUCAACCAGCGAGAUGCAAUGAUGCGCUGCCACUGAUUACCCUCCAUCUCCUCCUAAGCAGCACUAAAACAUCAAUCCAAAUUAGUCGACAUGAAAUUUGAAAUAGAGUGAACAAGUAAGAGAUGUAUAAAAAGAAGUAAUCACCGUAAGAUUUUACAGACCUGUCCAUGCCGCUGUCUGCUGUUUACCUGUUCUCCAGUCCAUCUGUGAUGUCGCACGGACACACCAAAACAACCCACACAAAAACCACACUUGUCACACGGCUGCAGAGCCGUGUACAAACUCUGCUCCACUGGCAAAAGGAAAGCAGUUUGUUGCCUAUUUUCAUCAUGGUUUCAGUGUUUGAAAAACCUGAGUGCACAUACUAAUUUUAGUGAGAAAGGGAUAUUGGUGUCAGAUAGUGGUUUCCAGUGGGAAAAUGAAGCCGUCAUAACGCUCUCUUCAAAGCCAGAAUCCAUCGAGAAAAAAAUGAUUUAACACUGCUGAACGCAGCAGCUGCUUGUCUACCAAUCAGUAGUAAGUUUGUGUCAUGUGUGACUUCGGUAUUUAAAGUUUAGAUUCACCGAAGUCACACAAUAACACUAACUGAUCGAAGCAGCAAUAGACCAGCAGCUCCUGUGUUCAGCGGGCUAAAAUUGCCCAUUUUUUUAUUAAUGGAGUCUGUUGGCUUUGACAACUGAGGCCGUUAUUGGUUUCCCAGUUGGAAAGGGCUGUCUGACGGAAAGGUAAAGCAGUAAAAAUAGUCUCAGUAUAGCAUACGCUUUUGAUGGGACUUUGUUUAGGUGACCAAAAUGUGUUUUGUUGCUGACCCUCAUCCACAAUAGCAGAUUACUUAGCUUCUGUGUUGGACUUCUGUCUGUUUCUCCAAUCUGGAGGCAUGCUGACUAAUAUAUAAAACUAAUGUAUAAAAUACACUCACUAUGGAUAAGUACCCAAUACAGUCCCAAUUCAAAAAAUCUAAACUAUCUCUUACAAUAGAAAAUGUUCUCUUCAGAGUAAAAUGCUCUGAAGUCCUGCUGCUUAAAAUUCUCCCCCAAUUUUCAUAGAUUAACAUGCAAAAACCUGAUGAUUCAUAGUGGCAGUAAAGGCUUUCAGUGACAAUAUGAUAUAAGCAGCACACAGUGUCUGCUGUCCUGUCAUUUGAUAUUUCAGUAUCACUGACUUUUACUGAUGCAGUCCUCUAACAUUGCUCCGCCCCUCUCGGGCACCAAAAGAGGCAUCGCACUUAGCAUUAACGUCUGGCUGAACCACAGGGGCACAGACUGAAAGAUGAAUCCUCAGACUCACUCGACCUCUGACGCUAAUUUAAGGGAAACUAGUAAAGCAUGACACACUGUGCUAUUGUGCCUUUUAUCACUGUUGCACAUAUACAUAUAAAGCGUAUUCUCACUUUUAGUCUUAUUUUAGAAUGUGUACUCUCAGUAUUUUGUUUUCCCCACAUGUACCCUCCUCGCCCAGUGCCCCAACAAUGUGUCCAGCUCACCCAGCACGCCAGGAGUGUGUGACCAGUCCCCCCCUCCCCUCAUCUGUUGGUCUAAAAUGGCACCAACUGUUAUCUCCUUUCUCCAGCAGGAGUGGUCUCUUUUCUCCACCUCACCUCAUUCCUGUAGAGAGACAAAGGCUAAACCUCAACACUGUUCAUUUUUCUGUUUAUGGAUCUUUGUUUUGUCUUUUAGAAAUUGUUUUUGUAUUAUUAUUUUUUCUUGCUUAGAGAAUGGGAACUUACACGUCACAAACCUAAAAUAUACUACUUAACUACUCCCUAAAUGGAGUUUUUUUGAUCUCAGGUUCCACUGACAAAGCAUCCCAAAAGGCUCUUCAGAUAAGGCCGUGGAUUCAUGUUACAAAACAAGUAAAAUGUACUGAAAAGCA